AUGAGUAUCACAAUCACACAAACUAUACAAAAAGUAAAGCUGAAGAGAAAAAAGCAAGUCACAUGGACAGAAGACACCGUAGACAAUGAGCGUUUAAACAAAAAGAGCUCCAAGGUGUGUUGUAUUUUUCGUUCCAAGGACCAUUCGGGAUGCAAGCAUAAGAAUAAGUAUGAAAGAGGAUAG